AUGACUAAAAACGAAGGAGAUGGCGCCUUAGGCCCUUACAAAUACAAGAGGGUCGAUUCCCAACCUGAAAACCCGUUCUCAAAGCUCAUUUCGGAUCAAAAAAUCGCCAUUAUCCCAUCUUUCACUCUUGAGUCUGGGGUCACUCUAUACAAUGUCCCAGUAGCUUAUACCACACGGGGUCAACUAUCCCCGAAUGGUGACAAUGCACUGGUCGUAUGUCAUGCACUGAGCGGCAGCGCUGAUGUCGCAGACUGGUGGGGUCCGUUGCUCGGAGGCCCUGGUCAAGCAUUCGAUGUAACUCGAUUUUUUGUCGUGUGUCUGAACAGCUUGGGCAGCCCAUACGGGAGCGCGAGUGCUGUUACAUACAAAGAUGGUGAUCCUGCAAAAGGCCGGUACGGGCCUGAGUUUCCGUUGACGACCAUUCGGGAUGAUGUGAACAUCCACAAACUGGUCCUGGAUGAUCUAGGCGUCAAGCAGAUCGCAGCCGUCGUAGGAGGAUCCAUGGGAGGAAUGCUCACCCUUGAAUACGCAUACUUUGGCAAAGAAUAUGUUCGUUCGAUUGUCCCCAUUGCCACUUCUGCGCGUCACUCUGCCUGGUGUAUUAGCUGGGGUGAGGCACAGAGGCAGGCGAUUUACAGCGAUCCAAAAUACGAAGAUGGGUAUUACUCGUUUGAUGAUCCUCCAGCAACGGGGCUGGCUGCAGCACGCAUGUCUGCCCUUCUCACUUAUCGGAGCCGGAACUCCUUCGAGUCUCGCUUUGGCAGAAAUGUGCCUGACCCAUCAAAACACCAAAACAUCCAUGGCAUGAGCCGGCUUCCUACUCCACCGAACGAGCAUUGGGCUGUCCACAACGAUGGACAUAAAAGCACACGAUUAUCGCGCCCUCCCAGUGAGACUGACUCGCCUAGUCAACCGACGGAGAUCAAGUACACGGACCCCCAAUUUACUGGUACCACUACCUACACCGCAUCAGUGUCUUCUACAAAUACCGCGAAUUCGACGAGCUCGAAGCGACCAACAACCUACUUCUCCGCACAAUCAUAUCUCCGCUACCAAGGGGAAAAGUUCGUUAAGCGCUUUGACAGCAAUUGUUAUAUCGCCAUCACCCGCAAGCUUGACACGCACGAUGUGUCAAGACAUCGUGUUGACCCCAAUUCGCCGAACCCAGUCAAGGAUGCGUUGUCACAGAUUCAGCAGCCCGCACUUGUUAUCGGUAUCGAAACCGAUGGGCUCUUCACCUUCGAGGAACAGAAGGAGCUUGCAGCUGGAAUUCCAAACUCGCGUCUGAAGCGAAUCGACAGCCAGGAAGGUCACGAUGCCUUCCUGUUGCAGUUCGAGCAGGUUAAUCGGUUCAUUCUCGAGUUUUUCCGAGAAGUGUUACCAGACAUCAUGAAUAAACCAGGUGUAGAGGGCAGUGACGCGCCCGAUCGUGUAGGGAAGCUGACAAAGAGUAGCACGUUUGGUGAAGCGGAGGUCGAAGAUAUUACCGCUUGGUAG